GUGGAGCGGGCGCGGCUCGCCGCCGUCGAGGCGCUGCGCAGGCUCCAGGAGGAAGACCUGAUUGGGCAGGCCCGCGCGAGUGGCGUCAAGUACAUUCACUGGGUCACGAAAUUUCAGGUCUGGCGUGUGAAGUACAAGAUAAAGAACGGCCCGGACAGAGGCUGCAUGAAUCAGGCACAGUUUCGCCCGAAGGACGAGUCGCCAGAGGAGGUGGAGCGGGCGCGGCUCGACGCCGUGAAGGCGCUGCGGAGGCUCCAGGAGGAAGCCCGCGCGUUUGGGCCGAUCGGCUCGGACCGGCACAGCACGGAAAGACAGAGUGGCGUCAAGCACAUACAUUGGGACAGUCGCAGGACGGUGUGGCGCAUUUCGUACAGGAUGCAGAACGGUCCACACGCAGGUCGCAGACAGCAGCCCGCGUUCCGACCGAAGGACGAGUCGCCAGAGGAGGUGGAGCAGGCGCGGCUCGCCGCCGUCGAGGCGCUGCGGCGGCUCGAGGAGGAGGACCUGCUCGGGCAGGCCCGCGUUGGCAGCUACGACCCCGCGAAGCGCAAGAGCGGGGAACGCCAGAGCGGCGUCAAGUACGUUGACUGGGUCAGCAAGAGGCAGGCGUGGCGUGUGAGAUACGUGAUAAAGAACGGCCCAGACAAAGGCACAAGGAAGCAGCCCACCUUCAGCCCGAAGGACGAGUCGCCAGAGGAGGUGGAGCGGGCACGGCUCGCCGCCGUCGAGGCACUGCGCAGGCUCCAGGAGGAGGACCGCGCGCUCGAGCCGAGCGGCCCGGGCGAGCCCUGCGCUGGCCGCGGCCUCAGGGAGGUGCCGCUUCUCGACGGGUUGUUUCUGGUCGUCGGAGACGAUGCGCAGCGGCAGCUUUAG